AACUACAGUACACGUUGAACACAAAGGUGGCAGACGACUGGGAAACAAUAGUGAAUCGCUGGGAAACGCCAUUGUUUCUCAUAGAAUUCUUGCUUGAAACCGCAGCCACACUCGCUUAGCAGAGAUUGCUGAACACCCAUUGUUCCGUGGCCUCGCGUAGUAUCUCUACUAACUUGAGGGCCAAACCACACUCACAGUGUCUAGAGUAUAUAAACAGCUUCCGGCGCUAUCUCCCGAGGGGCGUCAGGACCUUCGUGCCCAACUCUAACAAGCUUUUUUCUGCGACAGAUCUUCACGGCAUAGUUGCGUUUGAAUUGUACGGCAUGUCUAUCGGACCCAUGCCCAUAGACACCUUCUUGCAAGAAUACUUUCCGAUCGACGAAAAAUACCCAGCUUCGAGGUCCUCUGACCACGCAUUUGACAAAUUACCCACCAAUCCGACGAGGGAACAGCAGAUGUAUCAACCCUUUGUCGACAUUAUGAAUCGGCGGAGAAAACUCUGUGGGAAAUUGAAAUUCCGUGAUACAGGAGACAAACGGGAUGCUGAUGUAGACACGAAUAUGCGCCCCGACAUUGUCUCCUACUGGGGGGACGAUCCUCCCAUGGACCUUGAUUGGUCUCUAGUCGAAAUCAUCAUCGAAUGGAAGCUACUUGUCUCCAGGGAUGGUUACUCUGACUCAUUCAAAGAGGGCAAGCUCUUCGUUGAGAACGCGGGCAGCCAGAAGGCCAAGGCGACCCGUGGACAACUAUUCUCUUACGCCGCAAUUCAAAUGACUCAUCAACAUCGACUGUUUGUCUACCUUGUGGGGAUCUAUGGCCCAUAUGCUCGUCUCUAUCGUGUCGACCGCUCAUGCAUUGUUGCUUCUGCCCCUUUUAACUAUAUGGUGAAGCCUCAUGUCCUGCUCGAGUUCUUCUGGCGCUACGCUCGUAUGCACGCUGUUCAACGUGGAUACGACCCUACUGUGUCUCUUGCUGAAGAUGCUGAAUGCCGGUUAUUUGACUCCAAGAUCAAAGAGUACCUGGAGCGCGCGAAGAGACACAACUAUCGUACGUACCCUGGUAUUGAAGGUAUGGCGGAUGGCGACUACGCGACUUGCAAAAUACAAGUGAAUGACCGCAACGGUGGGGUGUCUCAUUGGAUCGUCCGAAAACCGUUGGCGCAGCCGGAGCUUCUUACCCCUUGCGGUCGGUGCACUCGAGGUUACAUUGCGAUACGAGCCCCAGGAUGUGAUGCCGAGAACGAAUCCUCUGAUGUUGGGAACCAAGCUGCAAAUACCGGCGAUGAAUGCGAGUUGUACUGGAUGAAGGACUCGUGGCGUACGGCGGAAUACGAACAGGAGGCAGACAUCUAUGCUGAAUUGAAGGACGCCGAAGUUCCUCACAUUCCUGUUAUUCACUGUGCUGGCGAUGUUCUUGUGGAUACUACGGUCCAACGGACGACCAACCAGCUAUGGCUCAAGAAACCCGAAGCGGAGGCAUGGAAGCGACCAACGGGCCCGAUCAGAAACCUCGUUCACCAUCGGGUGGUACAAGAACUUCUAUAUCCUCUCGGCUGCGUUCAGAGUGCCAGGGAGCUGGUACGUGCAACGCACGAUACGCUCGAAACUCUGGUUGAGGCAUACUAUAAGCCUAAACGUCUUCAUCGGGACGUUAGUAAAAAUAAUGUGAUGCUGACGGAGAACCCCUCUGAUGGCAAGAAUCCCUCUGGCAUACUGAAUGAUUGGGAUCAUAGUAGACCGCUCGAUGCAACAACACCUGUCUUCAACCAUCGAACUGGGACCUGGCAAUUUAUGUCGGUGAAAUUACUUGAAGACCCGGAUAAGCCGCACGAAAUCUUCGACGAUCUUGAAUCCGUUCUCUGGGUUUUGCUCUUCAUCGCAGUCCAUCAUUUUGAACAUAGCGGGACGUUUGAUAUGGGUGUCUUCGAUUAUUUUAUAUCGCACCCCGGUGGCUUUACGGGCAACGCAACGACCGGAGGCCAGAUCAAACGUUCAUGGCUUUCGGGUCAAAGUGUCAGGUUCGAGUGCCCUGCUCUCAAUAAGGUUAUAAUCACCGUCGGCGACUUUCACAACCACCUACUCAACCUCGCCAACCUCGCCAAGCGCGAUCCAGACAACAAGGCACUAGAAGAGAAGAAAACAGAGCUCAAGGCUAACCUACGACAAUUACUCGAAGAUUUUGACGGUCAACUUAACAGCGCUUCCGCCGACUGGACUAAAGGCGAUUGGGUUGAUGACCUGUAUCCUCCGACAACAGCAGAAAAACUCGAGAAAUAUCUCAUGGAGUGUGCACAAUUGACUUCGUGUGAGUCUGGUUGGCCGGGUGCGGCUGGCGCUCCGUUGGAAGACGAUCUGUUGGAAGACAUUCCGUUGGAAGCCGAGCCAAAUGCUACAGAGCAAGUUAAGCAGGAGCAUCAAACUUCCGCGAAAGCAGAAAAAAGGGAGCGUAGUGGAAACGGGACGGGGAAGAGCAAGGAAAAGGGAAAGGAGAAAGCUAAAGCUGAGGGAAAGGGUAAAGGGAAGAUGAAACCUAAUACGCGUUCCAAGAACACCAUUUCGCAAGCAUCAUCCUCUGCUCGUGGCACGAAGAGAUACAGGGAUGAUGUUGAGUCUGAGGAUGAAGAAGAGCCAUCCGGUAGAUCGCACGGGCAGCUUAUUGAUAUCCCGGAGGAAGAGGAGGGAAUCGCGGGCCCUAGUAGGAGGCGGUUUGUAACAAAGAACAGAACCAAAAGGGCAAAGCGUGGUUCAUAAGUGUUUGUCUUAUAUAUCUUCAAGCUUUAAACUUCCUGUUUCGAUGUAUGAGUCGCAGCCCGAUAACAGAUGUCGAGGGAGGAUCUCAGACUGUGAUCUGACUACCGCCCUCCCUCCCUUAGUAGACCCAUCGUUGGUCUGCAGCGUACCGGAGACUAUGAUUUGACUAUGAUCGAUAAUGUGAGGCUUUACAUACACCCUGUUUGCGAUAAGAUUAGAUGUGUCACCUUC